CGGCGCACUCGCGGGAGUGGAACGGGACGAGGCGACUGCGCAGGGGCGGCCGGCUGGGUUCCGUGCGUGGCUCCGUGGUCCCGUGACCCUCCGACCCCCCGCCGUCCCGCGCACCCAUGGCGGCCGUCCGGGCCCUGAUGGCACCCAGGCUGGCGGCGGCCUCCGCGCUCGCGCCGCUCCCCGGCCUGCGGCCGCUGCCCGCCAACACUCGGACGCCCUCCCCGCGCGCAGCCCUGCACGGCUCCGCGCCGCGCCCCGGGCCCAAGGUCGCGCUGGUGCUGUCGGGAUGCGGAGUCUACGACGGCACGGAGCUCCACGAGGCCUCAGCGAUACUGGUUCACCUGAGCCGUGGCGGUGCUGAGGUCCAGAUCUUUGCUCCUGACGUCCCUCAGAUGCACGUGAUUGACCACACCAAGGGGCAGCCUGCUGAGAGUGAAACCAGGAAUGUUCUGACUGAGUCGGCAAGGAUCGCCCGCGGCAAGAUCACUGACCUGGCUAGACUCAGCGCGGCCAACCACGACGCCGCCAUCUUCCCCGGAGGCUUUGGAGCCGCCAAAAACCUGAGCACGUUCGCCGUAGACGGGAAGGACUGCAAGGUCAACAAAGACGUCGAGCGUGUCCUGAAGGAGUUCCACGAGGCCGGGAAGCCCAUCGGCUUGUGCUGCAUUGCUCCUGUCCUUGCAGCCAGAGUGCUCCGCGGCGUUGAGGUCACCGUGGGCCAUGAGCAGGAGGAAGGCGGCAAGUGGCCAUACGCCGGCACCGCGGAGGCCAUCAAAGCCCUGGGCGCCAAGCACUGCGUGAAGGGAGUGACCGAAGCUCACGUCGACCAGAAAAACAAGGUGGUCACGACCCCAGCCUUCAUGUGCGAGACCGCGCUCCAUCACAUCCACGAUGGGAUUGGGGCCAUGGUGAAGAAGGUGCUGGAACUCACCCGAAAGUGAUGCUGCUCAGUGCCGUGGCCUCAGCCUCGUCCACCAGGUGGAGCUGGUGGCCUGCUUUCCUGUCCAGCUUGGACUAUGAUAGCAAUUUAUUUUUGUGCUUAGGUUGAUAGUUAUUUUCUGCCUGAAGAGGGAGCGUGCGACAUACUUGGGGUCAGGGGUAGAGGAUGUGAGACGUUUCGCCCUCCACUGGGCUUCCCUUCCUUCCAUGCGGAGGAAGGAGCAAAGCGUGCACCCAGUGGCUGCUGGAGUUUGCCUGUGUGACCUGAAGAUUUCAGUCAAGGCAGCUUUCUUGGGGAGAAUCGGGUAGACAGAUCCUUCUGCAGUCUUAGCUUGGCUUGCUUCAGAGUGCUCAGUGUUCAGAAGGGAAAUUUCUUAAAUGUGCAAAUCUCGUAUUCAGGAAAGCACAGCGCCAUGCUUGUGGCUAAUUGAAGAUUCUCCAGUGUGGAGUAAAUGAGUGCUGAUUAACUGAACGGUGAGGGGGUUUCCGUAGCAGACAGUCCCUUUGGCCAGGGAGGAUGAGCUCCUUGCCAAAAGGACACUUCUCACAGCUGCGUUCCAGGCCUUCUGAAACCAGCAAGUGAGGAGUAUGAAUGAAGCUUCUUAAAUUAGUCUCAGUUCUCUUAAUUUUCAGGAAGAAAGGGAAGUUGCAGAUACUUAGCCCGCGUGGUUGCCCUGCGGGCUUGUGACAUCAGGCUGGUCCCAGGCCGUGCACGGCAGCUGAUGUAGAUGUGUGAGGAAGGGCAAUAAAGUAUGUUCACCUCUGUGA